UACAGUGACAGGAGAAUGUCACACAUAUUUUGGUUCAAGUCGUGUUUUGAACUGAAGGCAAAAAUUGGUGCUCUUUUGAAUCGGACGUAAAUAUCAAUUGGAAUAACGAUUGAUUUCAUUUAACAUUUGGAAUUUGGCUUAUCUACCAUAUUUUAUCAACAAGAGUCGGCCGCAAUCACAAUGGCAAAACGAAUCUUGAAUACUGGCAACCCGUAUAAAGUAAUUCCAAAAAGCGUUUUCGAGUCUGGGAUUGCAUCUUAUCUGCCGAAAGCCUAUCAAAAUUUUUAUUAUCAAAUGGAACAAGAACCAACACCCGUUCAUUAUAUUCCAAAGGCAGGAAAAUAUGUUCAAGAUGAAAAAACUGGCGUCGUGAAACCCGUUCAAAAUGUACCAAUUCCAUUAAAAUUUCCCCGAGAAUUCGAUAAAUGUUUAUUGGGCGGCGAAGGAAUCAUUAAAGGAUUCUAUAAAAGUAAACCACAAGUACGACGGUUUCCACAUUUUUGGAUACCAAAACUAUCACGAACAGCUGUAUAUAGUGAAAUUCUCAAUCAACAUAUGGAAGUUCUUGCAACCGAUCGUGUUGUUCAACUCAUCCAUCAUUAUAAAGGAUUUGAUGAGUAUAUCAUGCAGACUAAAGCUAUUGAUUUGAGGACAAAGCUCGCUUUAUCAAUCAAACGUCAAAUGAUCAAGGCUAUUCAUGCUGGUAUCCCAGGAUGGGCCGACGAACCCGAAGAACAAAGAGAAAUUUUAGCCAAGUACAAGAAAUAUGGCGACCAGUAUACACCUGAAGAAGCUGAUUGGUUUGGAUAUAAUUUGUAUGAUGCAACACAAAGGAUGGAAAAAAUCUUAGAAGCCGAAAGAGAAGCUAAGAUUGUACCACUUAAACAUGAAUUUCGUCGUAAACUCAUUGAAGAUUUGAAAGCGGUGGGCAUGCAAAAUGUUGAACGUGUAGUUCGCACCGAACAAGGAAAAAUUGUUGAUUUCAGCGGCGAAAAAAAAACUUGGAUUUCAAAGUUGAAUCCAUUCUCAAAGAAAUAGUUCUCAAAGAAACUCAUUUUGUUAGUCGAAAUAAAUUCAAUUUUUAAAUAAAUAUUUAAUCAAAAAUCAA